AUGCUCGGAAGUUCUGCUCGGAAAGAGCGCAAACAGGAGAAGAAGUUAAAGAAAAAAGAAAAGAAAGGAACAACCGCGACGACGGGAGGGGCGGAUACUGUGUCCUCGGUCGUCUCUUCGGCUGAUGCUGGGACGCACGAUUCCGCGCAGACGAUAGAAGCAAAAGCGGUGGUUUCGCCUAUUCCUGAGUCCCCUGGAGUGGUCCAAUCGAAGAAGAAGGACGCGCUGAACGUCUCCGCGGAUUCAACCACGAAGGCGUCGGACAGUAGCAGCCAAACUCCUCUCGUCGAAAAAUCGUGGUUUCAGAUCCUUUGCGGAACCGCGGCUUCGAUCGCGAUAUUAAGCACCGGCACGAAGUUGCUGAUGAAAAAAGAGGAGAACUUGGAAGUGAAGAAACAAGACGUGGCGACGCCCGCCGCCGCCGGCGGUAAGAAGAGAAGAGGGAGUUGA